CUAUUAGAGCCUCGCCCGCCCGGGGGCGGAGACAGAGCCCGAACCGCUCUCCAACUGCCAGCCUUGCGGGGGAGAAGGACGGCUGCAGGAGCCAAUGGGCGCCGCGCCCUCGCACCUGCCCGCUGGGCGACUUUACAUAACAGCGGCGGGCGGGCGCGGCUUGCGAGUUUGCGCUGCGCUGCGUUAGGCCACGUCCCUUCAGCUCCCUGUCCUGCCCUGCCUUGGACACGUCAAUCCCAGGACAGGAUGAAGCUCCCGAUCAUUUAUUUCCUGGCAGCUGGUUUGAUGGGUGUUGGUGUGCAAGUUGCUGCACAGAGAGAAGAGUGCCUCUUUGAGAGGCUGAAUGAGAAGGAUGCCCAGUUUUGUAGAGGAGAUUUAGAAGUUUUGUAUCCAGAGCUGGGAGAUGUUGGCUGUACAUUUAUUCCAAAGUGCAACCAGUACCGUCAACAGAUCAGCACGGAAUGGACCAGCCCAGAUAUCAGAUACCACCAGGCAGAUGAGGGGAAGAAGUAUGUUCUCAUCAUGGUAGAUCCAGAUGCCCCUAGCAGAGCGAAUCCAGAAUACCGUUUCUGGAGACAUUGGGUUGUCGUUGGAAUCAGAGGUGCUGACCUGAAGAAAGGGAAUCCAAAAGGCCGUGUAUUAACAGACUACCGAAGACCCACACCACCACCCAACAGUGGUUACCACCGCUACCAGUUCCUCCUCUAUGAACAGCCAGGUGACGAAACUAUAUACCUGAACCCAGAGAAAAGUGCAUCUUUAGGUUCCUGGGACAUGGAGAACUUUGUGGAUUACUCUCACCUUGGGACCCCUGUGGCUUCAACCCAGUUUAUCACUAAGAACUACAACAACUAGCAAGAUCGGCAGCAAUAUUCCCCUUUCAGCUGAAAUGCUUGGCUUGGUCCCUUUUUCUCUUUGAAAACUAAGAGUGAAUCAUCUCCAUGCAGCACCAGGCUCUUGGUGUGACUUGCCAGCUCAGAGGACAUCAUAGAUGUUGCUGUGAUUUAGUCUUACAAUUCCAACCUUCGUCUAGUUCACUUUGGCAUGAAGAGUAACAUGUAAAAGACUCUAGCUUUCCAGACAUUUUGCAGUAUAUGGGAUGGAGGCAGAAUCUGCAGGACUUGUGUGGAGCUGAAUGUGUCCUUAGGGUUCUUUUUAUAUUAGCCUGGAUCAAAAUGACAACAGUCUGGUUCCAGCAGUUGCUUUUCUAACUAACCUAUUAUCUCACACCCAUCUCUGCCACUAACCAGCUAGAUUCCUGGAGGAUGGGUCUUGAAAUCAUAACCAUGCAUAUUUUCCAGCAAGCCAGGUUGUGCUCCCUUUAUACUAACACUGUUUGCAUAAAAAGAGAGUGGAGCUUAUGGCUCUGGAAUCCACUGGUCCCACGUGUCCCACGCAGGGUUAGCCACACUUACCUUUCCUCUGCUCUUUCCAGGCUCUACAGCUCCAUGCAGGAGUGCCCCCCCUUUUUUUUCUUUGCUCCGAAGCUUUUCAAAUAUGCUCUUGAAAGCUGAAUUGGAGCAAACAGCAAACAAUGGAAAACCCAAAUUGUCAGUUUCUCCAUUUCAGCUUUAAAAAGCAAGUUUUCCUGGGGAAAGCUCCAGAGUGGGGGGAAAUUGUGCUCAGACACCAAACUUUAACACACGGACCUGUGCCUAGAAAGAAUAGGGCAAAAGGUAAGCAUGCAUGAGCCUUCAGCGUGUUUAAUAAUACGAAUUGGUCUCAGACUAAUUAUUUCUUAAGUCAGGCAUAAACGAGAGAACCUCUAGUGCAACCCACAAAAUAUCAUCAUCUAAGUAGCAGCAGUAUUAGAAGACAGAAUAUCUUUAACAACUGGAGACCUUUCAAAUCAUUUGAGUUCUAUCCAAUGCUGACAAAGUUUUAAGAGCCACAGCAGGAAUGUUCUUUCCUAUCCAGGCUGUUUUUAACUGUUACUAUUAUUGAAAGGCCCAAUCAGAGCUUCAGCCAUGUGUCCUGGAGCUGCACAGACGCUUCUUGCUUUAGGUAUUUCAUUGGCACUAAAUUGCCCACCUCGACUCUUUUACAGUACUUCCCUUCAUGGUUGUCUUUCCAGACAUGGUGUUUCCGUGUGUGUGUGUGUGUGUGUGUGUGUUUGCCACACCCCCAAGUAGUAAUACCUACUAUGCAUUGCAGCAAUCACAAUAAAGCAACAGCAGGAUUUGA